GCUGAAGCAGUUGGAUCCGAGCGAGCAGAGGCAAAAGCUGGAGGAGACCAUGGCGAACUUCGAGCUGGCAACUGUCGACAGCAGUGACACAGGGGGCAGCCUGCUGCAUAAGGCCUGCCUGAGUGGAGAUGCUGUGGCAGCAACCGCAAUCAUCACACUGACAAACGGCGCAGGACAGAUGUCCCGCGAUCAGCAGGGCUUCUUACCAGCCGAUUUAGCAAUCCUUCACGGCCAUCGCUCAGCUGCGGCAGUGGCUUUAAGGGGCUUGCCCUUGGGCCAGCUCAACACCCUUUCUCUGCUGCUGUUGCCCCUGCUGCUCCCUGCAGCGGGCAGCGUACCUUUGCCUGAGCAGGCCUCUCUGGAUGCCGGACUCAGAGCCGCUGCCGCUACGGGCCGUCAGGCUGCGAUUCGGCUCCUUCUUGAAGCACGCGCAGGGGCGAAUGCUGCCCAGGACGAUGGCGCCACAGCUUUGCUGCUGGCCUGUCGCCCUGGCCACCGGGAGGUUGUCGCUGCGCUGCUGGAAGCCCGUGCUGAUCCCAACAGGGCAGCAACCAGCGGACGCGUCCCACUCCAUGCUGCGGCAGAAGCGGGCCGCACCGAGCUGGUAAAGCUCCUGCUACAGAGCCGUGCCAUUGUGGAGGCCUUGACUACGAAAAGUGCAAGCAGUCCAAUGGCGCUUGCAGCACGUGCGGGCCACUUCGAUUCUGUACAGGAGCUGCUGGCAGCCCGUGCUGGCCCACAGGGCGCUGCGGGUGCAUGGCCACCUCUGCUGGCUGCUGCGCAGCAUGGCAGGGACAGCGUAGUGGCGCUGCUGCUAAGUGCCAGGGCCUCCCCCAAUGUGCCGACAACGGAACCGCUCCGUGAAGCUUCCCGACGAGGACAUGCACGCACCGUCGAGCUUCUGCUAUCACACGGAGCAGAGGCUGGCGCUCCGAAUGAUCAGGGCGCCACAGCACUGCACCUUGCCUCACAGCAGGGGCGUGUGGAGGUCGUGCAGCUUCUCCUGGAACGCGGGGCUUCUUUAGGCUCCGCGACACGGGCUGGGGCAGUGCCCCUGCACGCAGCAGUGCAGCUCCAGCACUUGGAUGUGGUUCGCCUUUUGCUCGACGCACGCGCAGAUCCGGAGCAGGCAGUGGCCGAUGAGGAUGGCGGCUGCCGUCCAGUGCACCUCGCUGCCCAGCAGGGCUUUUACGAAUGUGUCCAGAUCCUUGUGGCUGCCCGCGCUAAUCCAGCGGCAGAGCUUCGCGGAGGUUUCACCCCCCUGACUCUAGCAGCUCGCGCUGGGCACGGAGAGUGUUGUGAGCUGCUGAUCGAUCUCUGGAAGCCGCAAGGCGCUCUGAAAGCCGUCGAUGCAUCCACAAGUACGGGCUGGACGCCACUGCUGUUGGCGGCAAAGGCCGGACACGUGGCAGCUGUGAGGAAGCUUUUGGACUGCGGGGCAUCAGCAAAUCUCCCAAGUCGACGGGGACGCACCCCGCUAAUGGUGGCCGUCGAGACACGCCAGGUGGAGGUGGCUGAGGUCCUGUUGCUCUUUGGGGCAUCCUUGAAACCCACGCUGCCGGGCGGGUGGACUGCCUUACACUUGGCCUGCCACGUUCCGGGCAACAAAGCCAUGAUUCAACAACUGCUGCGUGCUCGUGCGGAUGCCCACGCCUCCACAGAGGAGGGCUGGGCUCCGCUACACCUUGCGGUGCAGAGCCGUGACGAAACCAAUGUGGAUGCACUCCUGGCUGAGUCGUCACCGGCAGCACCGGCAGCUCCGGCAGCGCUGGAUGCCAUGGAGGCUUCGGAUGUCCGUGGGAAGGUGCUGCUGUCUCCACUUCAUGUUGCUGCAGAGGUGGGAUCCGUUGGUAUCGUGUGCUUGCUCCUGCAAAAAAGAGCCGUUCCAGUCGAUGCCGUUGCCGAGCAUGGCAUCACUGCCUUGCACCUAGCUAGCGGUGCCGGGCAGGCGGAAGGAGCCACCACGACCCCCUUGCCUGAGCCCUCUGCAGUGGCUGCAGUUGCAGAGGCGCUUCUGGAGCAUGGAGCCACCGUAGAUGCUGCCAUGGAGGGUGGCGUAACUCCGCUGAUGGUUGCAGCCCGGGUUGGGAGAGAGGCUGUGGUCCAUGUUCUGUUGGCGCACGGGGCGGAUGUUUUCCGAAGACUUGGGAGCGGCUGGUGUAGCUUCCUGCUGGCAGUGCGGAAUGGUCACGCGAGCAUUGUAAAACUCCUGGUGCGCCCGCAGCUCCUCCAGAUCAAAACCCCUGCGGGCCGCACCGCUCGCCAGUGCGCUGAGAAGUAUGGCCACCGUGAAACUGCUGCAGUAUUGCGUGAAGCCAUCGCCUCCGUGAGCGGCCCUGUAGAAAACAUGUGA